GAUACGUGAAAAUCAAGAACCAAAUCUUUUUUAUCACAUAAUCAUAAAAAUGAUGCCUACUUUUAGCAACAUCCCUUUAUGUCUUUCUUUUACCAUACUGAAGUUCCAUUCUUGCUUAUUUCUGAUCAUCAGCCUCAUGAUGAUCAGUACUCGGGUUAUGUCACAACCUCUCUCCCAUAGUUGCCCAAAUACUACCACUUACGCACCAAACAGCACUUAUCGAGCCAGCCUUGAAGUCCUACUAUCCUCUCUUACCUCAAAUGCCACCCGACCAAACGGUUUCUACAAUUCCUCAGCUAACAACAUGGUUUACGGGACGUUCCUAUGUCGCGGCGACGUCUCUACCACCGAUUGUCAGCAGUGCGUGAAAAACGCCGGUACAGAUGUUUUAAAAUCGUGUCCGCGAGAAAAAGUUGCACUCGUGUAUUACGACAACUGCCUGUUAUAUUAUUCGAACCAACAUUUUUUUGGCACGCCGGAUCAGAACCUGGGCAGACUUAUUGUGUACUCUAGUACUCACAAUAUUAGUGAUCCGAAUACUUUUAGACCAAUUUUGGCGCGUGUGUUGAAUGAGGUGGCGACUGAGGCUGCGAAUGGUGGCGCAGCCAAGAAAUAUGCAACGAAACAUAGGAAUUAUACUGCGUUUCAGAAAGUGUACGCACUUGCACAGUGCACUCCUGAUAUUUCUGCUACUAGUUGUAUCGGGUGCCUUCGAGAUGUCAUCUCGAAUUUACCCAGUUGUUGUGACAAGGCACGAGGUGCUAGAGUUUAUUUUCCGAGUUGUGGCAUCCGAUACGAAUUGUAUCCUUUCUACAAAGAUAUAACCGUCUCGACACCACCGCCACCUGCUCCACGUGUAUCGACCCCUCCAAAUUCUUCGGGCCCUGAAGGAGAUAAAAAACGGAGAAUUUCAGCAGGAGUGAUCGUUGCCAUUGCUAUUUCCGCAGCGGUUUCAAUUGUUCUACUUAUUGUGGCAUAUUGUUGCCUCAGAAGGAGAACUUCUAAAAAGUAUGAUGCCAUAACGGAGGCUAAAGAUAUAAGUGGAAUUUCCACUGUUGAAUCCUUGCAAUACAGCUUUGAUACAAUCCAAGCUGUGACUGACAACUUUUCUCCUGAUAAUAAAAUUGGUGAAGGUGGAUUUGGUGAUGUUUAUAAGGGAAAGUUUCCUACCGGACAAGUUGUAGCAGUCAAGAGGCUAUCAAGAAGUUCAGGGCAAGGUGGACAAGAAUUCAAAAAUGAGGUUCUAUUGGUGGCAAAGCUUCAACACAGAAAUCUAGUGAGACUAUUGGGAUUCUGCUUAGAGGGAGAAGAAAAGAUACUUGUCUAUGAAUUUGUCCCUAACCAAAGCCUGGACUACUUUUUAUUUGACCUUGAAAAACAGAAGCUACUUAAUUGGUCAACACGAUAUAAGAUUAUUGGAGGAACAGCACGGGGACUACUCUACCUUCAUGAAGAUUCUCGACUAAGAAUUAUACAUCGCGAUCUCAAAGCUAGCAAUGUACUUUUAGAUGCAGAAAUGAACCCAAAAAUAUCAGAUUUUGGCAUGGCAAAAAUUUUUGGAGUUGAUCAAAGUCAAGGAAACACUAGCAGGAUUGUUGGGACAUAUGGUUACAUGGCUCCCGAGUACGCUAUGCAUGGACAAUUCUCUACAAAGUCGGAUGUGUUUAGUUUUGGUGUCUUAGUUUUAGAGAUCAUAAGUGGGAAGAAAAAUAGUACCUUUUAUGAGGAAGAUGGAGCUGAAGACCUUAUUAGCCAUGUAUGGAAGCAUUGGAAGAAUGGGACACCAUUGGAGAUAAUAGAUCCCAAUAUUGAUACUGAAUCCUACUCAAAACAGGAGGUGAUACAAUGUCUCCACAUUGGUUUGCUAUGUGUACAAGAAGAAGUUGAAAAAAGGUCAACAAUUGCAUCAGUUGUACUAAUGCUUAAUAGCUAUUCUGUGACUCUACCUAUUCCACAGCAACCUCCAACAUAUUUCCUUAGCAGUAGAGCUGAAAUGAUGAACCAAUUGGACCUAGAAUCGGAUAAAUCAACUAGCAAAUCAAUACCAUUGUCCGUCAAUGAAAUGUCCAUUACCGAAAUGUCCCCAAGAUAAUAGUAACAAGAGUGUCAAAUUUAGUCUCAGAUCGAGUCCUGAAUAUGGUAGGAAGUGUUUUCUCUCUCAAUGGACCUCGUACGCAGCGCGAACCAAAAUUUGUCGGAGCCCCAAUGCGAAUAUCGGAUAUUGAAUGAGAAAAAUAAAGUAAUAUAAUGUACGAUUGUCUCGUAGAUUAAAUUUUCUACGUAUUGGAUAGUAGGGUUUUUUGUUUCUUUUGUUGAAUAAGUAAUGCACGAUUGUCUCGGCCUUGUUCUAUGUAUAAAUAAAAAGAAAAAUGUGCCUUGAAUACAA